AUGCCGGCAGACUACGAGACGUACGACCUGGGCGAUUUCGCCCUGCAGAGCGGCGCCACCAUCCCCAAGGCAUGGAUCGCAUACAAGACCUUCGGCUCGUCCAGCAAUCCGGCCGUGCUCUACCCGUCGUGGUACUCGGGUCUCAUCUCUGACAAUGAGUGGCUGAUCGGCACCGACAAGACCCUCAACCCGGAGAAAUACUUCAUCAUCAUCACCGCCCUCUUCGGCAAUGGCCAGUCCAUCAGCCCGUCCAACUCGGAUGUGGUGCCCUUCCCCGACGUCACCUUCUACGAUAACGUCAAGGCUCAAUACCGCCUGCUCACAGAGAAGCUGGGAAUCCAGCACCUGAGAGCCGUGCUCGGCUGGAGCAUGGGCGCUGCCCAGUCGUUCCAGUGGGCCACCCAGUAUCCAGACUUCGUGGACAUCUCGGUACCCUUCUGCGGCAGCGCCAAGACGUCCAUCCACAACCAAGUGUUUUUGGAAGGCGUCAAGUCGGCGCUGUUGGCAGGCAAGGGGCUCAGUUCUGCGGGGAGUACCUUUGGCCGGGUUGAGAAUGCCCAGGAUACCGUCGCGGUCAAGUCCAACCGCCAGUGGUCCGAUCAGGAGAAGGCUGCGGGUCUCAAGGCCUUUGGGAGAGGAUAUGCCGGCUGGGGUUUCUCGCAGGCCUUUUAUCGCGAAAAGCUUCACGAAUCUGCCUAUGGUGCCAAGGAUCUGGAGGCCUUCAUGGUCAACUUCUGGGAGGCGUGGGCCUUGUCAAAAGAUCCCGAGAACCUGUUAGUCAUGCUGUACACCUGGCAGGCGGGAGACGUCAGCCAGCAAGAACCUUACAAUGGAGACUUCGAGGCGGCCAUGAGGGCGAUUAAGGCGAAGACGUUGGUGCUGCCCAGCAAGACGGAUCUUUAUUUCCCGCCCGAAGAUUCCGAGUAUGAAGUCAAAAACAUGUCUCCUGGCGUGGGCCAGCUCGAUGUCUACCCUAGCAUAUGGGGACAUUGGGCUGGGGGGCCGCCGGGCAAUAUGGAGGAUGUCAGGUGGCUGGAUGAGCGCCUGGCUAAGCUCUUCGCGGAGGCGCCGAAGAACGGAUGA